AUGACUCGGCAUGGCUCCUCGAGCUGCUCUCCUCCUCGGCAGCUCGCCUUCGCUCUCGCUACUACCUGCCUCUUGUUGCUCAGUACUGCAGUGCUCGUUUGCUCGGCCGACUCGGCCAACCGACCCAAACAAGCUCCCGUUACUAAUUCCACUAUUCGUAGUAGUAGUAGUAGUAGUAGUAGUAGAAGUGAUAUAGCCAGUGUUGCUAGUGCUGCCAGUGGUGCUAUCGGUGCUUUCGCUGCGUCCCGCCACCAGCAGAUUCAGAGGCCGUCCUUCAUCGAGCGUCGGGGUAGCAAAAAUACCGCCACCGCCGCCACCAUCAGCAGCAGCAACAGUGCGAGCUUUCAAAUUCGUCACGAGAAAUCUCGCGGCUUUUUCGGAGUUCGUCAGAGAAGCACUGCUCGGUUCGGAGCUCGUUCCGAGGACGACAACGACGACGACGACGACCAAGACGACCAAGAGGUCGACGAGGAGGAAGACGAGGAGGAUGCCUCCUCGAGCUCGUUUCCCUUCCUCUUGCCCGAGUCGCUGCUGCUCGAGCCGGCCGAUCGGCAGUACUUGGCGGACUGGAGCAACGCCAGCAGCAGCGGUGCGGCCAGUGGCGGCCCAAUCGGCAGCACUCAGGACUACUACGACUCGUUCAACGAGUCGAGCGGCCUCGAGCAGUCGACCUACCCGCCGGGUGACUGGCCCGGAGCCCUGGACUCGGGCCAGGUGGACAUCGUCACCCGCUUCCUGCGCAUAAUCGAGAACCAGCACCUGCUCGGGGAGAACUGCACCGCGGGCACGGACCUGAACCUCGGCGAGGGCGUCGUCGACCAGUACGCCCAGGAGCGCUUCCGGCUGGAGGCCAACCUGGCCGUGAACCGGGCCAACAUGCUGACGCGCCUCUGGAAGUACGCGCCCGAGGUCAUGAGGUCGUCCGAGUAUCUGCUGCACGCCAGCGUCCUCUCCAUGGUCGAGUUCGACGAGGACAUAUUCGCCGCGGGCAACUGCUACGACAAGCUCCAGUACAGGGACCGCUGGCUCUACUGCCCCUUCGCCCACCGGCUGCAGGACGAGGAGGGCGUCCUCGUCAAGGACCUGGCCGUCGAGUACAAGUACUUGAGCAACAGCAGCGAGUGGUUCUUCAUCGCCCGGAAGAACGCCGAGCGCCGCAUCGCCAGCUACAACGAGUUUAGCAAGAAUUACCACAUGUUCAGCGACAGCGAAAACAACCGCAACGAGCGCACCGACGACGAAAUACUGACGGUGCGCUACGAGGACGGCCGCUGGUCCAAGCCCUACUACGAUUGCGGCGGUGGCAAUAUAUGGAUGCUCACCUACACAGUUCCUUUUUUCGGCUACGCCAAUGAUUCGUACUUUUUCAAAGGCACUAGCGGAAUAGACAUUGAUUUACGAAGAGUGGAUAUCGAUCAAUGUCCCCUACCUGCUGGAUCGACGCAGCUCAACAUAUUCGCCGCAAGUGAUAAAUGCAAAAAACGGACAACGGAGUGCGUGGCCGUGCCAGGCCUCGGCUUCCGUCGUGGCAGUUAUCGAUGCAUUUGCAAGCGAGGCUUCUAUUACCCCGACACGGAGUCGUCCAAGCGCUACUUCAACGGCACGAUCAUCGAGGAAGAAUAUGAAAAGCUCGUAUUAAGUAAAAAAAGUUUGUACAAUGUAAUUGGUGCUUUCGAGUGUCUACCCUGCGCCGAAGGUUGUGAAAUAUGCGAAGACGCUUCUCCUUGCAUCGCCUCGCUCAAUUGGCUCAUGAGGACUACUAUUUUAAUUUUAGAAUGUUGCGUUAUAGCCUGUCUUCCCGUAGUCAUAAUUUUCACUUGGAAAUAUAGUAAUGUAAAGGUUGUUCGAGCGGCGAGUCCAGUUUUACUUCGAGUGAUAGUUUUGGGAGCAUUUCUUAUUUACUGUACUACUAUUGUGAUGUACCCACGUCCCAAUAUUAUCACGUGUACCAUUCGAAUUUGGCUUCGGGAAAUUGGAUUUUCUCUUACUUACGGAGCGCUAAUGUUGAAAACGUGGAGAAUAUCUGUGAUAUUUCGUGUUCGCUCUGCCAAAGCUGUCAAAAUAACCGAUAUGAACUUAUUAAAACGUCUUGGCCUAAUUGUUACAGUAUUUGGUAUAUUUUUAAGCAUACGUACUUUAGUUGCUCCGCCUAUUGUUAUUGUCGCGCGCACUGCAGACGAUUUAAAAGCGUACUUAUGUCGAACUGAUUGGUGGGACCAUAGCUUCACAAUAAUGGAAGUAAUUUUUCUAGUUUGGGGAAUCAGAUUGUGCAUAGUCGUGAGAAAGGCACCCUCCGAAUUCAACGAAAGCCGCUUCAUUUCCAUGGCUAUUUACAACGAAUUUUUAUUGUCCGUAUUUUUGAACGUCUCCAUGCUGUUUCUGCAAUCACCGGCUAACCCAGAUCUGUUGUAUAUAAUUUUCUUCUGCCACACUCAACUAACCGUUACUUUACUACUCGGUUUAAUUUUUGGUAGCAAGGCUUAUGUUGUUUUUCGGGAAAGCAGCAGAGAAGAUUCCAACAGUAAAUACACUGGUACUACGAGUAAAUUUUUGGGAAAAUCCUGCAGAGCACCUGCAACGAGCAAUCAAACCAAUUCCAUUUCAUUGCAACAAGCUAACUUGACCGAGGAUAGCGAUGGAAUGACCGAGGAAUUUCGUCGUUUGUACACGCAACUUGAGUUGCUGAAAGAAAAAAACCUGAGAUUGGGUAACCGACAGUUGGUGAACAAAAUAUUAGCUAUGCAAGAGGCGGCGAAAAAAGUGGAAAUGCCGGUCGACGCGAUAAUAGCCAUGCCGCUGCUACUGCAGGAAAAAGCUUGCUCGGAUGAAUCAUCCUCAUCUUCGAGGAAGAAGUGCAAACUUAUAAAAGCCUACGAGGAGCGCCUAAACGAUAACGUUGACAAUUCUGCGGUAGACAUAUUCGAAAACAAUGAGACUGAAAUUAAAAAAAAUACGUCACGGGCUUCAGAAACUGAUAAAGAAACUGUACAAAACGACGAUAAAAAUGUCACAGAUCCUACAAACGUAGAUAGCGCAAAUGCAGAUGACAAGAUCGAAGUGAGUGUGAACGUUCAUGGGGAAAACCCUGAAAGUCAGAACUCGGAACGUAAAUCCGGACACGCCAAGACUCAUGCCAUCAUAAUUAAUCUCGAUGACAAAUCCAGAUUUUCGGAGGAAGUUACUGUAUAAACAAAUUUAAAUUAAACAGAAAAAAAAUAGUUAUGUAUAUCAAUAAAAUAUCACUAUUAAAAAGACUGCGACAUGAAAAUAUAUCAUAUUUUCAGUUCCAAAUAAGUGUAAAUUCGUGAUAAUGAUAUUAAUUUAAUAUUUAAAAAAAAAUUGUUUUAUUAUGUAAAUUGUUUAAACUUUUAAAUGCCAAAAAAUUAUACGUCGAAUAAGGUUGUACUCGAAUUAACGACCUAGCAACGGAGUCUUUUCUUACGCUCCUGCUCAAUAUAACGUACAUGCAAUAAUUUAUAAAAAAAAUCUGUUUGUUACCAAUUGCCAUGAAUUUUAACCAUGUCAUAAUUUGUGAAUAAUGU